UGCCGUGGCAACUCGUGAGAAAUGACAUAAAACUUUCUAUGGAAUGACUGAUUGUUAUUCCAGAAUGGCUGUCACGUCGCAGUCAGUGCAGUAACCGUGUUAUUACAGCAACCCGAACAGAAAACCACCCAUAACUCACGCCUGAAACCACCCCUCACUAAUUCGCAAAAAAAAUGGAAAGCGACAGCGAAAACGACUCCCUGGAACAACAACCCCUGAAGGUGACAUCCUUAAAUUCUCUACCCGAAACGUCGAAGAAAAAGUACACGGCAGCCUACAACUUGUUCAUGGACUGGUACAAAGAACAGAACGUGACGUCGUUUUCGGAAGACGUGCUUAUGAGCUAUUUUCGCGAAUUAGCCGCGAAAUUCAAAUGUACGACUUUGUGGACGGUGUAUUCCAUGUUGAGGACUACUCUUAAUAUCAACCAUGGCGUGGACAUAGCCAACUAUGCGAAAUUGCGGGCUUUUCUUAAGUGUCAAGCCCAUGGUUAUCUCCCCAAAAAGUCCAAAACUUUCACGUCGAACGAAAUCAACCGAUUUAUUAAUGAAGCGCCAGACAGCGAAUAUCUCCUUACAAAGGUGGCUUUGAUCAUGGGGGUCACCGGAGCGUGCCGGAGGCACGAACUUCACCAAAUGAAAAUCACCAAUUUCAACGAUUUUGGGACCGCGGUUUUAGUGACUAUUCCAAAUCCUGGUACCAAAGGGGUGCGGAAGUUUAUAAUAACCGAACAUUAUUACGAAAUUUACAAAAAAUACGCCUAUCUGCGACCGGCAGACGUAAACGAUUCUUACUUUUUUUUGAACUAUAAUAAAGGCAAGUGCAACUAUCAGAGAGUUGGGAUUAAUAAAUUCGGUGCUAUGGGAAAAGAAAUCGCCAAAUACUUGCAGCUUCCAAACCCGGAGUUAUACACAGGCCACUGCUUUCGCAGAUCUUCGGCCACAAUUCUGGGCGACGACGUGGCCACUUUGAAGCGGUUUACCGAGAAGUUUGUCGACGAACCGACGGAAGUUAAAUUGGAGGUGGAUGAGGAGUCCGUGGAAGACAAUCAGUUCGACACACUAGACGAACCAGUGGAGAGUAAGUUCAGCAUAAGCAACGAAAUAUUGAACUCCAUAGAAGACACAAGCAACACACCGUCGACUUCCAGAACACAGACGUGGGAAAAUCGGGACAAUUUAACUUUUCAACUGAAUUCAGUAGAUUCCAUAAAAAUGAUUUUCAAUAAUUGUAGUAAUAUUACGUUUAACAUUGUAAAAAGUGAGAAAUAACACGAGUUUGGGGUUAAUUCUUAGUCAUAGUUGUAGAAAAAAUAUUGUGUACAAUUUACAAGUGCAAUCACAAGAGUUAUAAAUUUUUUUAAGUGGGGGGAUUCAGAACUUGGAAACGUCUAUAUUAUUAAGCCUACGUCUUUCAUGAAAUUUAUUGUAUCAGCGACGUUUCCAGAACAAACUUUAAUACAUAAAAAUAUAAUUUAAUAUA